AUGGAACAGCAACAGAACAGGGGUGACAACGACCAGGAGGGCGACGACAACGAGGCGGAGGAGGACAAGGACAAGGAGGAGGAGGAGGAGGAGGAGGAGGAGGAGGAGGAGGAGGAGGAGGAGGAGGAGGAGGAGGAGGAGGAGGAGGAGGAGGAGGAGGAGGAAGACGACGAGGACCAGGACGAAGAGCAGGAGCAGGAGCAGGGGCAGGAGGAGGAGGAGGAGGAGGAGGAGGAGGAGGAGGAGGAGGAGGAGGAGGAGGAGGAGGAGGAGGAGGAGGAGGAGGAGGACAAGGAGCAGGAGGAGGAGGAGGAGGAGGAGGAGGAGGAGAAGGAGGAGGAGGAGGAGGAGGAGGAGGAGGAGGAGGAGGAGGAGGACAAGGAGGAGGACGAGGAGGAGGAGGAGGGCGACGAGAAAGAAGACGACAACGAUGAGGUGGAGGAAGACGAGGAGGAGGAGGAGAACGAGGAGGAGGAGGAAGACGAGGAAGAGGAGGAGGAGGAGGAGGAGGAGGAGGAGGAGGAGGAGGAGGAGGAGGAGGAGGAGGAGGAGGAGGAGAACGAGGAGGACGAGGAGGAGGAGGAGAAGGAGGACAGUGAUAAGAAGCAACCGGACCAGCACAAGCAGCGAAUGGUAGUAGUGAGCAUCUGCCUCGCCAUCGAGCAGCAACAGAACAGGUGUGACAAGGAUGGUGAAGGUGACAACGACGAGGAGGAAGAGGGCAGGGAGGAGGAAGACGACGACGAGGAGGACCAGGACGAGGAGCUGGAGCAGGAGCAGGAGCAGGAGCAGGAGCAGGAGCAGGAGGAGAAGGAGGAAGAGGAGGAGGAAGAGGAGGAGGAGGAGGAGGAGGAGGAGGAGGAGGAGGAGGAGGAGGAGGAGGAGGAGGAGGAGGAGGAAAAGGAGGAGGAGGAGGAGGAGGAAGAGGAGGAGGAGGACGAGGAUGAGGAGGAAGACGAGGAGGAGGAGGAGGAGGAGUAG